GAGUGAGUGUCUCACUUCUCAUUCAUCAACCACAUACACAUUUGCACUACCCACUUUUCCUCUGUUUAUUCUACUCCCCUUUUUUUCUCUCAAGUUCUAAGUUGUUCUCCCAUGGCACCCGGAAAUGUCAAAGCUAUAGGCAUUGACUUGGGAACAACCUAUAGCUGCGUGGCAGUGUGGCAACACAACCACGUCGAGGUCAUUCCCAAUGACCAAGGCAACCGCACAACCCCUUCCUACGUUGCCUUCACCGACACUCAAAGGUUGUUGGGUGACGCUGCCAUCAACCAGCGAUCCAUGAACCCACAAAACACCGUCUUUGACGCCAAACGUUUGAUAGGUCGCAGAUUCUCCGACCAAUCCGUCCAGCAAGACAUGAAGCUCUGGCCUUUUAAGGUUGUCCCUGGAAACAGAGACAAGCCCAUGAUUUCUGUCACAUACAAAGACGAAGAGAAACUCCUUGCAGCCGAAGAGAUAUCUUCCAUGGUGCUGUUUAAGAUGAAGGAGGUUGCUGAAGCCCAUUUGGGUCAUUUCAUAAAAGAUGCGGUGAUCACUGUCCCUGCUUACUUCAGCAACGCGCAGAGACAAGCCACCAAGGAUGCCGGGAAAAUCGCGGGUUUGAACGUGUUGAGGAUCAUCAACGAGCCAACCGCAGCUGCUAUUGCUUAUGGUUUGAACAAGAAAGGGUGGAGAGAAGGUGAGCAGAACGUGCUUGUGUUUGACCUCGGUGGUGGUACUUUUGAUGUUUCAUUGGUUACAAUUGAUGAAGGAAUGUUUAAGGUUAAGGCCACGGUGGGAGAUACCCAUUUGGGAGGUGUUGACUUUGAUAACAAAAUGGUUGACUAUCUUGUGAGUAUUUUCAAGAGGAGGUACAAGAAGGACAUUGGUGAAAAUCCCAAAGCUCUUGGAAGGUUGAGGUCAGCGUGUGAGAAAGCUAAGAGGAUACUCUCUUCAAGUUCUCAAACCACUAUUGAGCUUGAUUCUUUAUGUGGGGGGGUUGAUUUACAUGCAAAUUUUUCAAGGGCCUUGUUCGAGGAAUUGAACAAGGACUUGUUCAUGAAGUGUAUGGAGACGGUGGAGAAGUGCCUCAAGGAGGCAAGGAUUGCUAAAAGUCAAGUUCAUGAGUUUGUUCUUGUAGGAGGGUCUACUAGAAUUCCAAAGGUGCAGCAACUUUUGAAGGACAUGUUCAGUGUUAAUGGUAACAAGGAGCUUUGCAAAAGCAUCAACCCUGAUGAGGCCGUGGCGUAUGGUGCGGCGGUUCAGGCGGCGAUUUUGAGUGGCGAAGGAGACAAGAAGGUGGAGGAUUUGUUGCUGCUGGAUGUGAUGCCGCUUAGUCUUGGAAUUGAGACUGAUGGUGGUGAGAUGUCAGUGUUGAUUCCCAAGAACACCAUGAUCCCCACCAAGAGGGAGAGUGUUUUCUCCACGUUUUCUGAUAAUCAAACAAGCGUUUUGAUCAAAGUUUUCGAAGGGGAGCGAGCGAAGACAGAGGAUAACUUCCUUCUUGGGAAGUUUGAGCUUUCUGGUUUCACUCCAUCGCCAAGGGGAGUUCCACAGAUCAAUGUUGGGUUUGAUGUUGAUGUUGAUGGCAUUGUGGAAGUCACUGCUAGAGAUAGGAGCACGGGGCUGAAGAAGAAGAUCACGAUCAGCAACAAGCAUGGGAGGUUGAGUCCUGAAGAGAUGAGGAGAAUGGUGAGAGAUGCAGUGAGGUAUAAGGCAGAGGAUGAGGAGGUGAGGAACAAGGUGAGGAUAAAAAACUUGCUUGAGAAUUAUGCUUUUGAAAUGAGGGACAGAGUGAAGAACCUUGAGAAGGUUGUGGAGGAGACCAUAGAAUGGCUUGACAGAAACCAAUUGGCUGAAACUGAUGAGUUUGAGUACAAGAGGCAGGAGUUGGAAGAAAAGGUUUUGAAGUUUAUGUAAUGGUAAUUCUUGGUAGAACAAGUUUAAUGUUGAGUUGAGUCCGAAGCAAUGUAAAAUAGUUCCAGCUUCGUUACUCAAUCUAGCAGUCUGAGUGUUAUGACUGGUUUAUGCUUAUGCCUAAAAUCAGUAAAAUGUGAAAGUGCCUUGUAUGGAUGCAAGGAAUGUUGUGUUUAUUAAUUAUUACAGUACCUUUGUGAUAUGAUGGUGCUUAUGGAAUGGACUACUCAUAUUUCAUAAAUCAUAAUCCAUUACUGAUUAGUUUUCUAUGGACCA